AUGGCUGAGGAUGUGAUCAAUGGGUUGGAAAAUAUGAGGUUGACGACAGAAGAGGAAGAAGUGAUUAUGAUAUCGAAUGAAGGUCGGAAGGAGGAAAUUGAGGGUUGCUCUUUGAGUCUGAUUGGCAAGUUUCUUACUUGCAAGCCAUUCAACAAACGUGCAGCCCAUAACACGUUGAGACAAGCUUGGGGUUUGGAGAAGGAUAUACAAAUUGUGGAGGUUGGCUCUAAUCUUUUUCAAUUUAAGUUCAGUAGAGAAUUUGAUAUGGACAGAGUUCUCAGAGGGGGUCCCUGGUUGUUUGACAAUCAAAUGCUUUUGCUUUGUAGAUGGCACAAGGGUAUGACGGCUGCAAAUGUCAAGUUUGACUCGGUGGCUCUUUGGGUUCAGAUUUGGGGGGUGCCUUUUGAUAUGUCAUCACCUAAGGUAGCGUCUGAGAUUGGCCGUUGUUUGGGGGAAGUGGUGGAGGUAGAAAAAAGAAGGAGUUUGGAAACUCAGAACUUUGUUUAUGCGGGUCAAGGUGGCAGUUCCAUUAUCUAA